CGGAGAAGAUGAGAGUAUUCCAGUAUCACUGCAGCCAACAGCGGUACUGAAUUGACAGACCGGUGAAAUACUAUCGUAACGCCGUAUCUUAAUGGUUCAUUAGUGGUUAACUAAGUGAUAGCAAGUGUUAUUUGCGACGCUCUGGGAAUGAUAUGAGAUAUAGAAUUGUUAUUUGGAAAACCAUAAAAGCCAAUAUGAAAAGUUGUUUAGUGCUUUUAGUUAUUCACAACACAAUAUAUGGAUCUCUUAAUGGAAUAAAGGUAGAUGCUCUUAUAAAUAAAAUAAAUCAAGUGAAGAACCCGAAUAAAAAUUCAAAGUUUGAGGACGUUAUAAAGUCUGCAGUUUUUAUAGACAACACGUUUUUAAUCAAAGACUUACUCGUUACAAAUGGUUCUGUAAAGCUAAUAACGGCACCUAGGAUGUUUGGAAAAUCAACGAAUUUGGACAUGGUUAAACGAUUUUUGGAAAUAACAGUGGACGAAAGUGGGGACCGAUUAGAGAUCUCGGACACUGCGAACUACAAUCUGUUUCAAAACAAAUGGAUUAAACAUAUGUAAAGAUAAAACAUUUUUCAAGGAACAUUUUGGAAACUAUCCAGUUAUCUAUAUUGACUACAAUCCACUUAGAGCAGUCAGUAGUUUUAUAGAGUUGCUAAAAAGUCUUAGAACGGUAAUAAGUCAGACAUUUUCUUACCAUACUUAUCUAACUGAAAAUAAGAAGUUAUGGAUGGACGAAGAGGAAAUUACUCAUUUCCAAAACCAUAUAACGCAAGGCGAAAAUCGUACUUUGGAUAAAUUCGACAUAUCUUUCAGUUUUCAAUAUUUAGCACUCCUUUUAAAAAAGCAUUUCAGGAAAAAAGUUUUCGUUUUAAUCGACAAUAGUGACGCGUUUGUGUACAAUAUGAUUUUUAAAGAGUCUCCAGACAUGGAAGCAAUAUGCAGCUUCAUGGAAGAAACUGAUGGAGCCCUUUUGACAGCCGAGAACCUCGUAAGUGGAGGACUUCUGACUGGAGUGUUACGUGUGUUCAGGGGAUCCUGGGGUAUCAACGUCUGGACCGCCCAGUACUUACAGGAGGUCGAGUUCAGCAAAUACUAUGGACUCACGGAACCGGAUCUCAUACAAACAUUAAAUAAACUAUUCCUUGACAAGAAGAAGCGAGUAGAAGUGAAAUCUUACUUAGAUGAGAAUUACGGUGGAUACCGGCUUUACACGGACGGUUCGGACUAUGUAAACAUGUACAGUAUUUCGUCUGUGGUGAGAUAUUUGACAAAUGGGUCUAACGUAGGGAACUACUUGUGUUAUCCAGAGUAUCUGGACGGGUGGAAAUCAUUGUUAAGAAUCAAAGAUGUUUAUGAAGCUGUUACUGAUCUCCUAGCAGGUAGAGAAGUAGUUGUUGACCUUUACGAAGCAUUUUAUAAAGAACACUUUUUGGCCAUACACAAUAUGAUAAAGCACAAGAAACUAUUAUCGCAGUAUGGAGUUGAGUGGUUCCUCAGAUAUCUUAACCGUUUUGGGUAUUUGACACCUAGUGAAGAAAACGAGAGUGGUACAAAUGGUACAUUUAAAUUACCAAACCAAGAAACUAGGCAAUAUUUGCUCAAUUUGUUGUAAUGUGAUCUGAAAAGCAUUUAAUCUGUAAGUCUAUGUAUUUGUUUGAUUGAUGAAAAUGAAUCAUAUUAGUGGCGUACUAAAAAUAUUUUUUUUUAAUCUGAGUAACACAAAUAUCUUGUUUUGCAGAUUUAUUGAUAAUCUAGUAAUAUGACAACGAACUAUUAAAUACUUUCGAAGGCAAUCUAAAUAAAAUGUUAUUCCUUUUAAUAAGUUAAACUUAAGUAAGUAUUAAAUAAUGAGUAGUAAGUAUUCAUAAGUGUUAACCUAAAAUGUAUUAUAAAGUUCUGUAACAUUUUUGUACUUCCAAUUUUUUAUAAUAUAUCAGGUUACAAAAAGCUAAAAUUAAUAUGAAUUAAAAUAACGCAAUGACAUACGUUAGUGAAAUUGAGUUGUUUAUAAUAUAAAACUAGGAAUAACCUACUGAUGGUGCUGAACUGUAAAAUUAGAUCUACAUGAAUAACUUUAUAUUUUACGAAGUUGCGAGAUGUGUUAUUAUUAAGAAUUUUAAAUCCAGACAAGAAUCCAAUACAGGAUAAUCUGUCUGUGGGAAGUAGAGGAGGGAGGGCUUAGAAAUCUACUUAAUCAUAUAGUGCGCACAAUGCUGACUAAAAAAAUAUGAGUCAGCUUGUUCCUCUGUUCUAUUGCAGUAGAGCGCAGCCUAUCCAACAUUUAAAUGUGUACAAAGUACUUACAUUAUUUAAAAACAAAAGAAAACGUUAACAAAAAACAUUAAAGAACGUACAAACUUCAUUCCUUAAGGAUCAAAGAGCGUAAAUAUAAAAAUUAUUAGGUUAUAUUAGGUAAGAAAUGCAUUACUCUUUGAAGAAAGGUAAAAUGUGUUUAAUAAAUUACCAUUCAUCUGUUAUUCAAGAAGUAAAGUUACAUUGUUUUGCAAUAAUGUAUUUAAUUAAUUUGUUAAAACAAUUUAUGUUGGUUUUUUUAGAGUCAUUAGUUAAAGUCAAAUAACAUUCGUUUGCUUUGCGUAUAGAAUUCAUUUGGUUUAAAACUCUGAUUUUACAAUGAUUAUAUCGUAGUCCAAUGCAACUAAUGUUUUGUGAUUGUUUAUAAUAUUAAGUGAGAGUGACCUAAGAUUGAAUUUAAAGUUACAUUUUAUACAAUAAAUAUUAUAUAUAGUAAGGAUAUGUGUAAUAAUUGUGUUCAUACUCAGUUUGUUUGAAAAUUAAUAGUUUUAAUUGAACAAUAAAUAGAUAAAUUAUGUUUAUAGUGUAGCUUUUGUUCAUAAAAGCUAAUUAUGACUAUAACGAUGUAAUUACAGACAUAUCGGAUUGUGGCCAGAAUCAUUUUAGUAUGCCCUGGGCUAAAAAAGACUUUAUUUCGUUUUUAUCAUUUUGUGUACCUAAGCAACUAGAUACGUAAGUAGAGUAUUAUUGAGAAUUUACCGAUGUAAAAUAGUACUUUUAUUCAUAUGAAAGAAUACCUUUUUAUUCUAUAUUAUAGAAGGAUUAAGAAACACUUUUUUCAGUAUAAAAUAUUUGUCCCUACUUGUCAAAAAUAAAGAUCAGAAGUCAAAACGUUAUAAGAACAAAGACAGUAGCUGAGUUAUAUAAUGUGGACAAUCAGAUUUUCUUUCACGCCCAAUAAAAACUAAAAAUUCAAUGAAGCAAAAUACAAUACCUAUAAUCAUCAAUAGAGAAAACAAUUUGUUUUCUAUGACCGCCUAUAAUCAUUUGCAGUAAAGCACCUAAUCUGAAAAAUCUUAAAAUACAUUUAUUAAUCGAUGAAUGUAAUAAGAUCAAAUAUAAUAUUUAGAUACCAGUAAAUAUAUUUAGGGUGUCUUUCGUGACCACAUAACAUAACCAUGGUGUGACGAGAACAACUAUCAUCGUGUCUAUAACAUCAUACCUCACUCUAUUAUUCACUUGAUGAAACACUAAAACGUCCUUAUCGGCAUUACACUGGAUGGUUGAGAUUGAAAGGAGCUCCUUGUUCGCAUAAGUUUAAGCGACGUUAAAAUAAUUGAAGGAACAUCAAAUCAAAACAAUUUAAACCUACUCGAAAUACAGCAUGCCCACAAUUGUUUUUCACAGCGUGCUAAUAAAAAUUAAAAACAUUGUACUGUGAUGGAUUUGCUAUGAGCUAUUAGCUGAACUUCUUAAAACAAUACUGUGACUACGCAUUAGUUUAUAAAAAAUAUCUAAUCUUUUUGAUAUUUUCGGUUUUCUUUUUAGUUAAUUUUUUAGAAUUGGUAACCAAAGCCUACGAAAAUAUCAGCCAACGAACUAUUCGCUCAAUGGUGGUCUUGCCAGAUUGCAGCGCCUUGGGAACGAAAUUUGCUCAAGAAUAGAUUUUUUCAGUGAAUCUUUGCUGUCCUAAAGGAAGAAAUUAUUUUAUUUGAUCUUUGAGAAACACUGAACUAAUAUAGAUGCUUAGUCUUAGGUAAUAUAUUUGUUUUUCUGGUUAAUCAUAGUUGUACUGCCAAUUGUUCCUGUUUUCUUAGUUUAUCCCUGUUAAUGCUUUCUCUUAGUAAGCUCUCACCACUGUUGGUGUCUUUGCUGUUGUUUUGUUUGUUAUUUAUUGUUGUUACUGUUAUUUAUUAUUAUUGUAUUGUUGAAUUAUUUAGCCACUAGUAGAAUAUUGUAUGUAGUAUAGUAUUUUCCAUCUCGGAAAUGGUCCUUUAAUUUAUAUUAUUAUUGUAAAUGGUGUAUCCGUUGGAUGAAGAAAUAAAUAAAUAAAGCAGCCUAAU